CGUCGUUUCCUAAGCUUUUUUUUUGGUUCUCUUCUCAGAUUCUCUCUUUGAUUUGAGAUUUUCUCUGUUUUCAUCCACAAACACCAAAAAAAGGAGAGAUUUUUGAGAAAACAAAAAUCCUCUGUUUCACUCUCAAAGGAUAUGAGAUAAAUCUCGCACGUAUUAGCCGCGUAAUCCGAAACUCACCAUUAAAAUUCUCAUCUUUCGUUUUCGAUUUUGAGAAUUUUUCAAUUUGCAUAUUGCGUGCCUCUGUUUCUUUUUGGGUUUCUGCAUGUCCUAGUGGCUGAUAUACAGCUGACUUUUUUUUUUUUAAUUCAUUGAUUGAAUAUUAAUUUAAGAUUUAGUAUCUCUGGAUUAGAAUUUGUUUGCUAUAUAGAUCAUAAAAGGCAAUUGUGGUAACAAGUCGUUUUCUUAGGGUUUACAUUUUCUUAUAGUGGGGUUUGAUUCUUUGCUUUUCUAAUUAAAAAAAAAGGCUUAUUGGAGAAAUUUUUCAUUAAUGUUGGUUUUACAAAAAAAAAACAUGAAUUUCAGAGCAUGUGCAUGAUUUUUGAGAAGUUUGGUGAAAAACAGUUUCUUAUAAAAAUCUAGACUUGUUUGAAUAUCUAAGCCGCCUUUGUUUAACCUGGUAAAUCAAAAAAAUUGUUUUUUAAUAACUCCUGCAUGGUUUCCAUUCAAUUCACUAGUAAUCUGAAGAAAAAAUUAGAUGUUGUGAUAAUGAUGAUGAUGAUGAAAAGAUUAAAUCUUUAAGUCAGAAUCUCUGUGUUUUUGAAAGCUGUGUGGUAUUUGUCUAGUUAAAGAGUUUGAUUUGAAUUUAAGACAUGGAGAAGACAACAUCAGGAGGAGGAGGAGGAGGAGGAGGAGGAGAUAACAAGAAAGACAGGAUUUUUCGAGCAGAUAAGAUCGAUUUGAAAAGUUUAGAUAAACAACUUGAGAAACAUCUGAGUAGGGUUUGGUCAAGGAACAUUGAGAAGAAUCAUAAAGCUAUGGAGGAAGAAUGGGAGAUUGAUUUGUCUAAGUUGGAAACAAGGAAUGUUAUCGCUCGAGGUACUUAUGGUACUGUCUACAAAGGCAUCUACGAUGACCAAGAUGUUGCUGUGAAGGUGCUUGAUUGGGAAGAAGACGCUAAAAACCGAGAUUUGUUUCGUCAAGAGGUCACUGUUUGGCACAAACUCAACCACCCAAAUGUCACAAAGUUUGUUGGAGCUUCAAUGGGAACAACGAAUCUCAAAAUCAAAUCAGCUGAUUCAGAAAACUCGUUGCCUCAGCGAGCUUGUUGUGUGGUUGUGGAAUAUGUUCCUGGUGGUACAUUGAAACAGUACUUGAUCCGUAAUAGGCGAAAGAAACUUCCUUUUAAAGUCGUUAUCAAACUCGCUCUUGAUCUCUCUCGAGGGCUAAGCUAUUUGCAUUCAGAGAAGAUUGUGCAUCGCGAUGUGAAAACAGAGAAUAUGCUUUUGGAUGCUCAAAGGAAUUUGAAAAUAGCUGAUUUUGGAGUGGCCCGAGUGGAAGCUCUUAAUCCAAAGGACAUGACUGGAGAAACCGGUACUCUUGGAUACAUGGCUCCUGAGGUUAUCGACGGCAAGCCAUACAACAGAAGGUGCGAUGUUUACAGCUUUGGGAUAUGCUUAUGGGAAAUCUACUGCUGUGAUAUGCCUUAUCCUGAUCUUAGCUUUGUCGAUGUUUCUUCUGCGGUUGUUUUACAUAAUCUGAGACCGGAGAUACCAAGAUGCUGUCCGAAUGCAUUGGCGAAUAUAAUAAAGAAAUGUUGGGAUGGGAAUCCACAGAGACGACCGGAGAUGGAGGAAGUCGUGAAGAUGCUUGAAGGAAUUGAUACUACUAAAGGCGGCGGAAUGAUACCGGAAGAUCAGAGCUCCGGCUGUUUCUGCUUUGCUCCUGCUCGUGGCCCUUGAAUCUCCCUUUCUACCUCCUUCGUCUUUUGUUUUUUCGUCUGGUUUUGUUCUUUUCCCUUUGACAUUGAAUGCUCUGUUGUGUUUCUUCUUCUUCAAGAAACGUCUUUUGACUAUAUUUGGUCAUUGUGAAUAUUCAAAGUUGAGACGAAACUCGAAUUCAUUGGUUUUGAGCUUGA